GAAGCAUUCUUGCUUUUGUUCCAACAUCAAGAAGCGGUUCCACGAAAAAAGCAGUAUGGCAGACUCUCAAGGGCACGGAAGAUGGUACAAUACAUAAGUUGGUGCUGACCAAGAAGUUGUGUAGGUUUUGUCGAUGUCGUGAUAAGCUCGCACCGCUCAGGUGAGGUGUCGGGUAAGACUGACGAGGACUGCUAUCCUAGUGUAUAUGACUUGACAGCGACAGCCUAGGGAUGCGAUGCCAGGAAAAGUGACAGCAUGCCAUUGACGGAUGAAUCGAGGACUCCCGGAACUGACAGGCUUCUGCGUUGCUUUUGGGCAAGCAAUACCACAAAAUUGUCAUGAAUACCAUCUACUGGUUGUCUCCGAUCCCAGUCGUUCUUUCUUGUGUUUGUAACGUUGGAAACCACUUGCUUCAGAUCAACAUCAACGCCAGAUUGAAACCGGUGCAAUCAGUUCUGUAGAUCUGAAGCUUGGAAAGGUUUCCCUUUACUCUCUAUGGCCUCAUCGGCUUCAUUCCCGCAUUAUUAGUUACCCCCACCGCUUCCGGUGACUUCCUGCAAGAGUUGAACCUUUCUUUCACGGAUGCCUGAACCCAGCUGAACCGUCAUUGCACUCUUGUCCUGAUUUUCUCAAGAUGACAGUGGGCGCCAUCUCUUGAGCCUAGGAAAUGAACGGACUUUGAGCGCGACAGCAUCAGCGGUCGACCACUAGUACUGCACCUACCCGUCCACGGCAACUCAACGUCAACGAUCAGGGCAUCGCGUUCUCGCCGUUUUCGGCUUCAAAUCUUUCAAUACUAUUUAUGAAGACCUCUCGAAGGUCGUGAACUAUUUUCUCCCCCAUUCCGCAGUCAUGAAGUCGAUAAACGCCCUCACUUUCUGCGCAUUUUUUACGCCUUCUUUUAGUUUCGCGUCAACAAUACUUAACAGACGUGAAUGGCAGAUGCACCCGUGUCCUGGUUGCGAACUUUCACCGUCUUUCAAUUGGAUUCCCUACAUGCUCGUUGUCGUUUUCAUGAUCUUAUUUGCACUCCUAUUCUUACUCUUACUGCUCUCGGCUGGGGGAGCAAGGGAACACGAAAUGGAAGCAAACAGGGAGGAGGAGGAUGGAUCAGCAUUUACUUUUCAAUCAUACGAAGAUGAUCCCCUUUCAGAAGAGGGCAUGAAUGUCUUGGAUGCGUUCAAUCCACCACCACCAUACUCGGAUUCUCCACAACCUAGACAUGAAUACCAAAACCAUCACCACCAGCACGACCAUUAUCAUCACCACCAACCAAACAAUCACGAUCAUCACCACCAUCAAUACAACCAUUUCACCGAUUCCCAACUAGACCAACUAGACCACGUCCAACCCCACUCUUCUCACCAGCACCACGAACAUCAUGCUAGUGUGGAAUGA